GGAUGUUUAUGACAUACGACACAUGCUUUUCACACAGGCCCUUGGCGCUGACUUGUUCUUGUUCAACAACCCCCGUAUCCGCCGAAUCCUAGAGUUUGGGACUGCGACUGGUAUUCUGGCUAUCGACGCCGCCGAUCGAAAAGGAGAUGAAGCAACUAUUGUGAGUGUCGAUCCAUGCCAGGCACACCCCGAGAGCUACCCAUCGAACAUUGUAUUUUGUCAAGCCCAAGCCGAUGUGCUCCGUGGUUUCAGUCCGAAUCAUUUCGAUGUUGUCCGUAUCUCGGAUCGCCCCGGCCUCCAGUUUGACACAAACCGGCUGUACGCGGAAGCGUACUCUCUUCUCAGGCCACGUGGCCAAGUCGAAGUGAUUCAUCUUGAAAUAGCUCCCGGGUUCACUGGUCGUUCGCCACCUGAUGAUUCCAAGCUGGCCUAUUGGUGUUACCGCUUCCAGCUGGCUUUGGAGGAGCUCGGGGCGCCACAACUACUGGUCGGUGAUACCGCAAACCAAUUACGUGCGGCCGGUUUCAUUCAAGUGACUACAGAGAAGAUUCGUCUGCCAACCUGUUGGCCGCCGGAUGAUACAGAAACGUACGAGCUCGGUCGAUGGCUGAACCUAUUUCUCCGGCGCUUCGUGGAAAGCAUGACGCCCCUAGUGUUUGGUCAGCUGCUUGGCUGGGAGAGGGAGCGGUUUGCUUCAUUAGUGGAUGAAGUCAGUAUUGAGAUGUCAACAUUGACAGUCGGCGCAUACAUGGACCUGUAUUUUUGGAAGGGGAUAAAAGGACCGACCGGGCCAAUGUGACUUUCCUUUUGAACCAUUGUAGCUACGGCUCCAAGCAAUACUAGAGAUGUUGAAAACAAUGCAGGAAGGUUGGCUAGAAAGAUUUCUUUAGAAAACAAAAGACCACCGCCGGACCCGUUACAAGCCACGCGUAGGCAUUCGAGCCUGAUGGACCUACCGCCACCACUAAGUCCUUGAUUGAGUUCUUAUUGGGUGUAGGCAGCAACCCUCACUUAAGCUAGGUAAUUUGACUUUGUAUUUUCGCAUU